AUGGCUUCUGAUCUUAAGAAGAGCCUAACCAAAGAAUACAUUGGCAUGGAGUUGUGGGUAAUAAUAAUCGUCUGUCUGGGAGUGGUUUGUGUAUUUGUCCUGGUUGUUUCACUGUGGCUAUCUUUUAGAAAGAAAUCGAGAAGAGCAAAUAACAUGCUUCCUAUUAGACAAAUACCUAAGGUUUCAGAGGAGAUUAAAGAGAUUGGUGUUGAUCAAAAUUCAGCAAAUAAUGAUGGUUUCCUCAUGUUUAAUGACAAAUUCAGUGACAAAGAAUCAGAGAAAGUAUUGAUCCAGCUAGAAAAUGGUGAUGAUAGCAGCCAAUCAGGCUCCUUUAAUCAUGUUGAGAAAGAUGGUGUUGGGUCUCAAUCAGGAGAAGAGGGAGGCACUAAGGUAGCUUCUGCUAGCAGGCCUUCUUCACAUCUUUUGACUGCUCCUUCACCUCUGUCUGGCCUGCCUGAAUUUUCACAGUUGGGAUGGGGCCAUUGGUUUACCCUCAGAGAUCUGCAAGUUGCAACAAACCGAUUUUCCAAGGAUAAUAUUAUUGGUGAUGGUGGAUAUGGAGUUGUCUAUCAGGGUCAUUUGGUUAAUGGGACUCCUGUGGCUGUUAAGAAGCUCCUUAACAAUCCAGGACAAGCUGAUAAAGAUUUUAGAGUUGAAGUGGAGGCUAUUGGUCAUGUGCGGCAUAAAAACCUAGUUCGACUUCUGGGGUAUUGCAUGGAAGGAACCCAAAGGAUGUUGGUAUAUGAGUAUGUUAACAACGGCAAUUUAGAGCAAUGGCUACAUGGAGGUAUGCGUCAACAUGGGUAUCUUACUUGGGAGGCUCGCAUGAAAAUUCUCCUUGGCACUGCUAAGGC